GGUCAAAGCGACUCUGAGUUCUGAAAGAGAAAAGCGUGAGACAAUUCAUACAGAAAGAAAAGUAAAAUUUUGUAUUGGCGCGUGAAAAGUGAACACUGCGUCGAUUUUUGGCAAAUUUUUGAAUAAUUUGCAAAAUAUAAAUUGUAAAACAGUCAUAAAAACGAAAUUUGUUUUCGAAUUGUGUGUGUACAUUAAAUGAGCGGUGCAAAAGAGCUGGGAACGCACAGUCUGUUGCUUUUAAAAUUUGGUAUAUGAAGUGUUUGAGAUUUUUCUAUCGCGCCGUCACCGUCACCGUUGACCAAAUUAUUACUUAAAGCCUCUGCUGCUAACAAGAAGCAAAACGCGAAACUCGCUUCGGUACCAGAAUCAAGAUUAUUUUUUACAAGCUAUUGGAAGAUGCCUAUUUGUAAAAGAGAGGGAUUCGAUAAUAUGCAAUCCCGUAAUCGGGAUGAAAGAUUUCAAGACAACGAUGAGGUGUUCUUUUGUGAAGUUACAAAAGACAUUUUUCGCGAUUAUGAAGAUUACUUCCGUCAUGUAAUGGUAAUAAAUUCCACUGUUUGGCAGUGCGAAGCCACUGGACGCGACAAUCUCACAUACGCAGAGGCAUUGCGAAGCGAACGACGAGCGCGAAAGAAAAUGGAACUUUUUAAAUAUUGUCUCCGAGCGCCAGUUAUGCUAGUUACAGAACAUUCAAAGCAAUCAUCUCUAAAUACGUUAAGUGUAAUUAUAUGCAAGUUUUUGCGGAAGCGUUAUUUCAUAAAUGAAGAAGUAACUGCUUGCCACAAGUCUUCUAAUUAUAACGCAUACACAGUUGUAAGUGUUAUACCGCCUAAUAAAACACCUCCAGCCAAUGGAGUAUAUGAAGAAACUGAGAAACUCCAAUAUAAAUUGCGACGAAAAGGUCAGAAUGAUGAAGAAGUAAUUUUGCCAUUUGAGAAUAUUCGUCGUCAACGACAAGAAUUUACUACUGAAAAUUUACAGAUGUUUGUGAAAGAUAAUGUAACACGUGUAGAUGGCAUAUUACGGCCAAAACCAGAUUCUUACAAAAAAUAUGUAACAGAUCCAAAUAUCACUUUUGAUAAAAUAUUUAUUGGAAAAAUGCCACAUUUUACGCCAGCAAAAAUCAAACGCCCUCAAGAUUCUACUAACAAGAAACAAUCGACUUUGAAUAAAUAUUUCACUAAGGAUGGAGAGGCUGAUAACGAAAAAAAUGUCAAAAAUUCAAAAAUGCAUACCCUAGAAGCAGUUAAGCAGAAAAAUGAGGAAGCAAAACUGGCUGAAAAGCUGAAGCGCAUCGCUGAACUCGAACGACAGAGAGUUGAGAAACGCACUAAAUUAAUCGAACGUGUUGAGGCAGAAUGUACUGCAUUGCUUACUAAGACUGAUGAUUUAGAGCGCACAGAUCAGCGAUUACUGCCUUUAUAUAAAAUCGUUAAAACCUAUAUACCGGAUAAGCUUUUAGGGGAUGCCUUCAUGGUUCGAGAGUUCAUGCAUUCUUUUCCAACCAUACUAUCAGGAAUAGAAGUAUUUCGCGGCAAUUUGAGCUUUUAUGAAAUGUCUCGCGCCUUUAAAGUGCGCGAAGUGGCUGGACCAUUAUCCGAUAUUCUUCUGGUCCUUCUGGGUACAGUUUUUGAUAUGCAAAAGGAAGACGAAGAUGAGUGUAAGGUUGAAUAUUUGCGUUUACGUCAAGAGUUGCGAAAACGCGAACCGCUUAUAACAAUGUCUGAGGCAGCUCGGCCACAUUUUUAUGUUAAACGACAUUUUUCGUUUAAACUAAAUGAGCUGCCCAUUGAUUCGUUAACUCUAAGUGAAGUGUUGCGUUUACAUUUGCUUUCAUCGGGAGCUAUAGUAAAAGAACGUGCAGAAAAAUGGCGCUUAAAGUAUCGAAACGGUUAUUCAUCCUCGGAGGAUCCGGGACUUACGCUUCGUAUGCGACAUCCGCAUAUAUUGCGUGCUCUUAAAAUGUAUUCUGUUUUUCAACUACCUUUUCUGGACAUCAUGCGUAUUGUGCGAUGUCUUAUGGCUCAAAUAUUGACCUAUUCGAAUCCCAUAAAUCUAAUUGAGGAACGCAUGGAACAAAUGUCAAAUAAUAGAGUUGAGCUACGUGUAUUAGCCACCAUGGAAAAUAUACGUGUGGCAAAUAUUCAAACGCAGAAGCGUAUUUUAACCAAUGAAUUUCACCAACAAUGCUUAGAAGAUAACAUAAAAAAUAACGAGGAAAAGCGAAAGCAAAUUGAGGAAAAAUUUAAUAAAAAAAUUGCAGAGUUAAUGGCGCAAUCUGAUCGCGAACGUCGUAAGUACGAACAGCAGGUGGAAGGUUUUAAUUCUUCUUUAUUCAAUUUUCUUGUUUAUCUUGGAAUGGAUCGCGCAUACCGUAAAUAUUAUGUAUUCGAGUCAAUGCCUGGAAUUUUCAUUGAGCACACUCCCGAUUCCUUAGACACUUGUCUCAGUGAUCCGCCCAAAAAUUCGUUGACGGAAAAUUCUUUAAUUUUAAAUUUUGAAACCCUUCCGAAAAAUCGCAAGGAUUUACGUGCUUAUUUAUUAAAAAUGUAUAUCAAAGAGGAUAAACAAGCGGCCAAGGCAGAAAAAGAAUCUAAAGUGACUAAAAAUACAGGCUCUUCAACGGUUCUACAGCAAAACAAGGAGAACAAAGAAAAUCAUUUGGUAAACGGUAUUACCAAUGGUAAAGAUAUUAUUGAAGGGGAUGAAAUUACUACAAAAAGUAAUGAAAACACAAAUGAGUCUGUUGCCGAAACGUCUCCAUCACAAUACCAGCUAUACAUGUGUACGGGUGAUCCGAGAAACUGCAUUGUUCAUGAUGAACGCAAUGCCGACAGGCAGAGAUGGGCGUAUAUAUACGAUAAAGAUGAUAUUGACUCGCUUAUAGCGGCACUGAAUCCAUUAGGAGAACGAGAAUCUCAACUUAAAGAGCAAUUAACGAUUUUACGUCAUCUUAUAAUAAAUCACUGCAGAAGAUGUCCAGAAGAUUUGCUAACACUAGAUGAUAACAAAAGCUUGAGUAAAUUUAAGAAUGCAAUGAUGUCCGAAACUUACCGCAAAUAUAACAAAGCGAACUUUGGUUAUAAUGUGGAUGCAGAUCUUAACGAAGUAUUGCUAACGUCGCUCAUUGACCGCAUAAUUCAGUUCGAAAGCGACAUCUAUACUGGUGAUCUAGGUCGAUUAAAAGUAAAAGACAUGGAAAAAUGGCGUGAAGAUCUUCUUACUAACCAAUAUGAUGCACAAGUUAAGCUUCAAUGGGGUCCGAAUACACAAAAAUUUGGCACAAAUGGAGGGGAUGAAGACGACGAAGAUGAUAAUGAAGACGACGACACAGAAAUAAAAGAUGGUGGCCGGUAUGCCAAUAAACCGUACAGAGAUCCUGGCGAUGGACUUGGUGACACACUGGAAAUUGACUCAGAAGACAGUGCCGACGAACUAAUUUCAUUACAUGAUUCUAGCACAAUAAGAACUAGCGUACGUAACUGUGCGUCUGCACUGCUGCAGGUGGAACAGGCAAUUGAGCGUCGUUUUAUUAAAGAACCAUUUGGAAUACCAUUAAAUAAUAUCAAAGAUAAAGAAAUUUUUGAACGCAAAGUCAAAUUUGGGGCGACUAAACUGAAGCAAUGGGAAGUGUCAUUAAUGGAGAGCACGAGUUAUUCUCAGGUGUUUCUCCAUUUAAAUGUUCUGCACGAUUGUAUUUUGUGGGCUCGGUCCACAAACAAGUCGCUCUGUCAGGUGUGUCGUCGAGGUAGUGAUCCGGACAAGAUGUUGCUGUGCGACGAAUGUAAUGGUGGCACACACAUGUUCUGUAUGAAACCCAAGAUGAAGACAGUGCCAGAGGGUAAUUGGUAUUGUGCACGGUGUGUCAAACGUUUAGGACUACGCAAUGACAAAGAGGAAAAAAAUAAUAAAACUGCAUCUCAAAGACGUAAGCGCACAUUCAAUGUUGAUGAGAUUACUGAUGAGGCACUGGCCAAUGGCACUAAAGAUAGUGAACGUGCCCGUAGUAGUGGGCGCCGCAGUAAUAAACGUUUGCAAUCUGAUGAAAUCGAAGAGAAAUUGAUAGACGACGACGACGAUGCUAUUAAUGACAGUGAUGGAGAUGGUGUGGGCGAUUCAGUUGGUGGUGAUGUUGAAACCGAGAAUAUAGAUGACGAAGAAAUUGCUAGCGAUAAAGAUGAAGAUGUUGAUGAAGAAGAGGCUGAUAAUAAAAAAAAAUCUGAGGAUUAUACAGAUGAGGAAGAGGAUGAAAAUGUUUGCGCUGUGUGCUCAUACGAUGGCAGCGAUUUGAUGUGCAUACGUUGUAGAGAAACGUUUCACUUGGAGUGCAUCAAUAUGAAGAGAGCACCUCGUUAUAAUUUCAUAUGUUCGAAAUGUAAAUCCGCAAACGGAUCUGAAAAAAGAUCCCCAAAAAGUGGGAAAAUGAAUGGUAAACAUUCACUGAAUUCAUCAGAUGAUGAUGACGAUGAUGACUCCGAACCGCUUGUAAAACGUCAACGAUCGUCACGUUCAUCUCUACGCAACUCUGGACACCAACAGCCACCGCAUAAUGGUCAGGGCAGUCCGCGUGAAGCUGCUAAAUCGUCAUCACAACGUCGUUCGGUUCGUCGUACGGGUGAUCAUUUGCCAUUAAAUAGCGCCGCAUUGUAUCAGCUACUCGACGAUGUCAUGAAACACGAAGAUGCUUGGCCAUUUACACGCCCCGUGUCGCACGCAGAAGUGCCGGACUAUCACAAGAUUAUUAAAACGCCAAUGGAUUUGGCUAAAGUAAAAUCAAAACUUAAUAUGGGCUCAUAUCAGUUGAAUGAGGAAGUAAUGAAGGACAUACAGCUUAUUUUCCAAAAUUGCGAUGAAUAUAAUGUUAAAGGAAAUGAAAUUUACAGCGCUGGUUCUACGUUGGAGAAAUAUGUUAUUGAACAAUGCAAACGACUUAAUUUGCCAUUUAAGCCGAGCGAUAUGAAUUCUUCGUAAUAACUAUGAAAUAUUACAUGGGAUACUUUCAAGUGACAUCAUCAUAACUCUUAGUGCUAAAUUAGAGUGACAUUAUUAGUUACGUUUAUCAAGAUAUUGUUUUUGUUUUUUAUUUUGUAAAUUCUAUUUCAAUGAUAAUGCUGCAGUUUCAAUUAUUAGUCUGCAUUCUGAACAUGUCUAUCCAUGUAAACGUAUAUUUCGAAAGUAUUUCGUAUUUUGUAUAAUAUAUUUUGGGUGUAGUGCAUGCACGCUGUUAUCUAUUACCGCUAUUAUAUACAUAUAUACCAAACUAUUGUUUUUAAUCACAUUUAGUACUAUUUUGUUCCAUUUUCCCUUCAUUAUGACAAGAAAUUUUAAGUAAAUAAAUUUAAAGCUUCUAAACUCCGAAUGUGGAGUGCUCAGAUUAAACCGUCUCAUGUAUUUAAAGUGUUGCGAGCAUUUAGAAUAUUUAAAAAAAUUCACCUAAUGCAUAUUUAAGGCAAAAGUAGCUAUUAAUUUUGUAAGUUUAUGAAAACUCUUAUGCUUAAGCCUAGAGUAAGUACAAUUUCAAAUAUAAAAAUAAAUUAUGCUAUUUGAUCAAAUUACCACAAAAACAA